AUGUCAGGCGAAGAGAAUCAGUUCAAUGUUCAAGGGUAUAACAUUGUUACUAUAUUAAAAAGAUUAGAAGCAGCUACUUCACGUCUUGAAGAUAUAACCGUUUUUCAAGAAGAAGCAAACAAACAUCAUAAUAAUUCAAACUCGUCAACUAACUUGAUCACUUCGCAAAAUGAAUCUAAUUCAGGUCUUGCAUUGAAAGAUUCAGAAACUCCCGUAACCUCGUCAACAGAAGAAAAGAUUCCCGAACCAAAGUCAAUCGUUGCAUUCAAACAAUUUAUCAAUGAAAGUGUUUCACCAUUUGUUGAAAAUUCAAAGUCAAUUGAUCCACUAGUUGGGGAAUCAGCCCAACUUUUCCAACAAGCCUUUGAAGAUCAAAUUCAAUUUUUGACAAUUGUAUCCCAAUCUCAAAAACCUGAUUACUCAGAUCCAUUGUUUGCUGAACUUUUAGCACCAACUAAUGAAAAAAUCACAAAAAUCAAUAAUUUAAAAGAUGAUAAUCGUAGAUCCAAUUUUUUCAAUCAUUUGAAUACUUUGAGUGAAAGUGCAGCAGUUAUAUUUUGGUUUGGAGUGCCUACCCCUGUUUCAUAUGUUUCUGAUAUUAAAGAUAGUGCUAAAUUUUGGUCUGAUAGAGUUUUAAAAGAAUAUAAAGACAAAGAUAAUGCUAAUGUGGAAUGGGUGAAACAAGUAUCUGAUAUAUUUGAUAAUUUAAAAGCUUAUGUUAAGGAAUAUCAAACUCAAGGUCCUUCAUGGAAUGCAAAUGGUAAACCAUUCGCUCAAGCUAUAGAUGAUUUCAAAAGUUCAAAUAAAACUGCUACAGACAAUUCUAAUAAUCCACCAGCAGCAGCAUCUGCAUCUGCGCCAGCGCCUCCACCACCUCCACCAGCUUCGUUUUUCGAAGAAUCGAAUACUUCUGCUAAUCCAUCUGCUACAGCAUCUGCUACAGCACCUGAAGGUGGAAUGAAUGCAGUUUUUGCUCAAUUAAAUCAAGGUUCAAAUGUAACAUCUGGUUUAAAAAAAGUUGAUAAAUCAGAAAUGACCCACAAAAACCCAGAAUUAAGAAAACAACCACCAGUGGCACCAAAAAAACCAAAGAACUUAGCAAGUUCGUCAUCAGCUUCAAGUAAUGAUACAAAUACAUCAUCUUUAGUUAAAAAACCAGCUAAAAAGGAAUUGGUUGAUGGAACAAAAUGGAUUAUACAAAAUUUCACACAAUCUGAUGCAUCAGGACCAAUUGUCAUUGAAGUAGAAAUGCAUCAAUCUGUUUUCAUUGGUAAUUGUAGUGAUAUUACGAUUCAAUUGAAAGGAAAAGCAAAUGCAAUAUCAAUUUCAGAAACUAAAAAUAUUGGUAUAGUGAUUGAUUCUUUAAUCUCCGGUGUUGAUAUCAUUAAGUCAUUUAAAUAUGGUAUUCAAGUUCUCGGUUUGGUACCAAUGAUAAGUAUUGAUAAAUCAGAUGAAGGAUCUAUUUAUUUGUCAAAUGAGAGUAUUCAAAAUCAAUGUCAAGUAUUUACUAGUUCUACAACUGCAUUAAAUAUUAAUAUUCCUGAAGCAAAUGAUGAUUUCAAGGAAUUAGCUGUUCCAGAACAAUUUGUCUCAACCAUUAAGGACGGUAAGUUAGUAAGUCAAAUUGUUGAACACGCUGGUUGA